ACUGCGCCUGGGAGCGGGCCCCGGGCGUGCAGCCCUCAUCAUGCCGCGCUCACGCGUGGGAGACACGCCUGUGGGACGGGGGCGCAGAAACCCUCCAGUCCCGGAAUGGGCCUCCAGCAGGGAAAUUUGCUUGUCCUUCGUGGCCCUCCUUCACAGGCCUUGCUCCUUCCCAGAUUUUUACAAAAUCCAAAUUCCAACCUAUCCUGAGCCCACCUCCAGCUAUUUAGAGCGUUUCACAGAGCGCCGAGUGCAUGGCGUCGGAUUGUGUAACCUGAAAACGCUCUUGCCUUUUUUCUCAUCUGUACAGUGGGUUUUGAUUCCCACCAUGGCUAUCACACAGUUUCGAUUAUUUAAAGUUUGCACCUGCCUUGCAACAGUGUUCUCAUUCCUAAAGAGGUUAAUAUGCAGAUCUGGCAGAGGACGGAAAUUAAGUGGAGACCAAAUAACUCUGCCAACUACAGUUGAUUAUUCAUCAGUUCCUAAACAGACCGAUGUUGAAGAGUGGACUUCCUGGGAUGAAGAUGCUCCCACAAGUGUAAAGAUUGAAGGAGGCAAUGGGAAUGUAGCAACACAACAAAAUGCUUUGGAACAACUAGAACCUGACUAUUUUAAGGACAUGACACCAACUAUAAGGAAAACUCAGAAAAUCAUUAUUAAGAAGAGGGAACCAUUAAAUUUUGGCAUCCCAGAUGGUAGCACAGGUUUCUCUAGUAGAUUAGCAGCUACACAGGAUAUGCCUUUUAUUCAUCAAUCUCCUGAAUUAGGUGACUUAGAUACCUGGCAGGAAAAUACCAACGCAUGGGAAGAAGAAGAAGAUGCGGCCUGGCAAGCAGAAGAAGUUCUGAGGCAGCAGAAGAUAGCAGACAGAGAAAAGAGAGCAGCAGAACAACAAAGGAAGAAAAUGGAGAAGGAGGCACAGCGGCUAAUGAAAAAGGAACAGAACAAAAUUGGCGUGAAGCUUUCAUAACGGAUGUCCUUCACAUGUCAUAGUGCCAGUAGGAGAGAUAUGAGCUCCACAAUUCAAGCAACAUUUAUAUGGAUUUAAGACUAUUUUCAGAAUACAAACACAUUGCUUGAUUUUAAUGCAUUCAUCAGACCAUCUAGGAGACCAGGAUUCUCUCAAAGUACCUUGAGCUCUUGUGAUUGAGACUCAAAAAAACAAAGACCUAUGAGGCAAUAUUUUUUUCAACAUGCUCCAAGUGUACGACAAUUGUUUGCUGUAGAGAAAUUAUUACAAAUGGAAUAUACCAGUACCUCUUCUAGCUAGUGUUUCUAGCUAAAUAAAUGGGUGUAAAUAAUUUUAUGGUGGGAAAGAACUCUGCUCUCUAUAAUGCUUUCCUUCAUUGUGCAUAAUGAUAAAAUAAAUAAUUUUAAAUAUUCCUUUGUUUCCAUGA